UUUCCUUUCAGAAAAUGCAAUUAAAACAAAAAAUUUUUUUAGCCAAAUCAGAGUGUGCCAAAAAAUCCAAAGUCAUUGUUGAAAGAGAGAUUCAACAAUUACCAGAAGAAUAUAAAAUUGUCGUAUCGUCAUGUUUUGAAGCAGCUAAAAAAUCUAAUUCCCAUGGCAGGCGGUACACUUUGGAAUGGAUAUAUGAGUGCUUACUUAUAAGGUUAAAAAAUAGAAACACGUAUCAGUUUAUUCGCCAACGGAACAUUUUACCACUUCCAUCGUUGGAAACUUUAAACAAAUUUGUGCGGAAAAUAAGCUGCUCGGCAUACGGAUUUCAGCCUUCAACGUUCAAUUGCCUAAAAGAAAGAUGUCAAUCGAUGAAAGAAUCAGAAAGACGCGGUGUUAUAUUGGUUGACGAAAUUAAACUAUGUGAGAAUGUAACAUUUGAUUCACUAUUAAUGAAGUAUAGCGGUUUUGUUGACUUGGGAAAACAUACUCUACAUAACGAAAAAAAUAUGCCUGCUGAUCACGCACUAGUUUUUAUGUUUGUACCCUUUCGAGGACGGUGGGCACAAACACUUGGUUGCUUUCUCUCAAGAAAUGCUUGUACUAGUGUGCCACUGCGACAGCUUAUGUUGGAGUGUAUUCUUUUGAUGGAAAACAGUAGACUAAAAGUAGAUGCAGUGGUAUCAGAUGGUGCUACUUGGAAUCGCGCAGUUUGGAAAUUUUUUGGCAUUAACGAAAGCCGUGUAAGUUGUGAACACCCGUAUGAUAGUAGUCGAAAAUUGUGGAUGUUAUCUGAUUUUCACCACUUAAUAAAAUGCUUCAGAAAUGGUACAAUUAAUGAAAAGGUGAAAGAAUUUGAGACGCCUUACGGACUAGUUAAAAAACAACAUUGGGAAGCUGUGUUAAUGGAAGAAAAUUAUUUGCAGCCAAAUUUGAAAAUUGCAUAUAAAUUGACACCAACUCAUUUGAACCCAAAAGGCUACCAACAAAUGAACGUACCUCUUGCUACUCAAAUUUUUGGUCAUGAAAUUUCAGUUGCAAUGGCACACUAUCAAAGGACAUGUAGUGAACUAAAGGAUUCUAUUUCAACUCAAAAAUUGAUAGAUGUUAUGCAUAAUCUUAUUCAAACUAUGUCUUCUCGUACACCGAGAGAUGCUCUGUAUAAAGCAAAAGAUUGUCGACAAAGAAAAGUAAGUGUAUUAUUAUGUCUAUUAUUUCUGGUUUGCAAGUUGAAUUCAAAAACUUUUUUGAAUCUAACCAUUUCACUUCCGUAAUAUUUUCUUAUUACUAGUACGAUAUACUAUCACAUCGUUUGUGAUAUAUUAAUAUUUGUUACUUAUGACUACAGGAUUGAUACCAAAUACAGUAAAUCACAUGAGAAUUUGUGAAUUUACUUAUGCAAACGAUACGAUGUGCAGAUGUACAAUAUUAUUUGUAUUCGUUACAGUUAGUAUGGAAUAUAUGUAAAAUAUUUCAUCAACCUGAAUGGUUCACA